AUGAUCGCCGCCGCUUUCCUCGUCUUGCUGAGACCCUACAGUAUACAAUGUGCCCUCUUCCUCUUGUUGCUUCUGGUGGGCACCAUCGCCACCAUCAUCUUUUUCUGCUGCUGGCACCGCAGGCUCCAGAAGGGGAGGCAUCCGAUGAAAUCGGUCUUUUCGGGUCGUUCAAGAAGCCGAGAUGCUGUUCUGAGAUCUCACCACUAUCGUUCUGAGGGCUUCCGAGCCAGCCCGCGGCACUUUCGGAGACGCGCUGCGGCGGCCGCGGCCGCCCGGCUGGAAGAGGCGAAGCCGGCGGUGGAGCUGCACCACCAGAGCGAGCAGGAGAUCGCCGCCCGGAAGCGGAGACUCAAGAAGAGCAGCCGCGUGCAGCCCGACUUCUACCACUCGGUUCAAGGCGCCCCCGCCAGGAGGCCCAGUUCCGGCAACGCGUCCUAUCGCUGUUCCAUGUCUUCCUCUGCGGAUUUUUCCGACGAGGAUGAUUUCAGUCAGAAAUCCGGCUCUGCAUCUCCAGCUCCCGGAGACACCUUACCCUGGAAUUUGCCUAAACAUGAGAGAUCGAAGAGAAAGAUCCACGGGGGCUCGGUGCUGGACCCCGCGGAGAGGGCAGUGCUCAGGAUAGCAGAUGAACGGGACAAAGUUCAAAAGAAAACGUUUACAAAAUGGAUCAAUCAGCAUCUCAUGAAGGUUCGAAAACACGUGAACGACCUCUACGAAGACUUAAGGGACGGACACAAUUUGAUCUCUCUUUUAGAGGUUCUUUCAGGAGACACCUUGCCAAGGGAGCGAGAUUUUUUGAAGACCUUACGAUUGGUGAGUGCCACAGAAGCAUGCGAAUAUGAGCAGCAUGAGGAUGUGGAGGAUGAGGAUAAGGGGCCCAGAGAGAAAGGUCGGAUGCGCUUUCACAGACUACAGAAUGUACAAAUUGCACUUGACUAUUUGAAACGACGCCAGGUGAAAUUAGUGAAUAUUAGAAAUGAUGACAUAACAGACGGAAAUCCCAAAUUGACUUUGGGAUUAAUAUGGACAAUAAUUUUGCACUUUCAGAUAUCUGAUAUCCAUGUUACUGGAGAGUCAGAGGACAUGUCCGCGAAAGAGAGACUGUUACUGUGGACCCAGCAGGCAACAGAGGGUUAUGCGGGCAUUCGGUGUGAGAAUUUCACUACCUGCUGGAGAGAUGGAAAACUAUUUAAUGCCAUCAUUCAUAAAUACAGGCCGGACCUGAUAGACAUGAAUACUGUUGCUGUUCAAAGCAACCUUGCAAAUUUAGAGCACGCUUUUUACGUGGCCGAAAAAAUCGGUGUCAUAAGACUUCUGGAUCCUGAAGAUGUUGACGUCUCCUCACCUGAUGAAAAGUCAGUAAUAACUUACGUGUCAUCUCUCUAUGACGCAUUCCCCAAAGUCCCUGAGGGCGGAGAAGGCAUCGGUGCAAAUGAUGUGGAAGUCAAAUGGAUUGAGUACCAGAAUAUGGUGAACUACCUCGUCCAGUGGAUCCGACACCACGUGACCGUGAUGUCCGAGAGGACAUUUCCUAAUAAUCCUGUAGAACUCAAGGCACUUUAUAAUCAGUACUUACAGUUUAAAGAAACAGAAAUUCCACCAAAGGAGACAGAAAAAUCAAAAAUUAAACGCCUAUAUAAAUUAUUGGAGAUUUGGAUAGAGUUUGGACGCAUCAAACUCCUUCAAGGUUAUCACCCAAAUGACAUAGAAAAAGAAUGGGGGAAGCUCAUCAUCGCCAUGCUGGAGAGGGAGAAGGCUCUGCGUCCCGAGGUGGAAAGGUUGGAAAUGUUGCAGCAAAUUGCCAGCCGAGUUCAGAGGGACAGCAUCAUCUGUGAAGACAAACUGAUACUUGCCCGCAACGCUCUCCAGUCUGAUUCGAAAAGAUUAGAAUCAGGGGUGCAGUUUCAGAACGAAGCAGAAAUUGCCGGCUACGUCCUUGAGUGUGAGAACCUGUUGCGCCAGCAUGUCAUCGAUGUACAGAUUCUUAUCGAUGGGAAAUACUACCAGGCAGACCAGCUGGUGCAGAGGGUUGCAAAACUGCGUGAUGAAAUUCUGGCCCUAAGGAAUGAAUGUUCCUCAGUGUACAGCAAAGGCCGCGUGCUGACCACCGAGCAGACGAAGCUCAUGAUAUCAGGCAUCACUCAGAGCUUGACACAGGGGCUGACACCCUCCCUGACCCCGUCCAGCGUGACCUCGGGCCUGUCCUCGGGGCUGACGUCUCGCCUGACCCCGGCUGUCACUCCCGCCUUCACACCCAGCGUCCCACCAGGACUAGUUCCCAGCUUCAGUUCAGGAGUCGAGGCGAAUUCCCUGCAGACUCUGAAGCUGAUGCAGAUCAGGAAGCCCCUUCUCAAGUCAUCUUUGCUGGAUCAGAAUUUAACCGAAGAGGAGAUAAACAUGAAAUUUGUUCAGGAUCUUUUGAAUUGGGUCGAUGAGAUGCAGGUGCAACUGGACCACACUGAAUGGGGAUCAGAUUUGCCAAGUGUUGAAAGCCAUUUGGAGAAUCAUAAAAAUGUUCACCGAGCUAUUGAAGAAUUUGAAUCUAGCCUUAAAGAAGCGAAGAUCAGUGAGAUCCAGAUGACCGCACCUCUUAAGCUAACUUACGCAGAGAAGUUGCACAGACUGGAAAGUCAGUAUGCAAAGCUCUUGAAUACAUCCAGGAAUCAGGAGCGGCACCUGGAUACCCUCUAUAAUUUUGUAACUCGUGCCACUAAGGAACUGAUUUGGUUGAAUGAAAAAGAAGAGGAGGAGGUUGCUUACGACUGGAGCGAGAGAAACACCAACAUAGCCAGGAAGAGAGAGUACCACGCUGAAUUAAUGAGAGAACUUGAUCAAAAAGAAGAAAACAUCAAAUCCGUCCAGGAGAUAGCAGAGCAGCUGCUUGUGGAAAAUCACCCCGCCCGACUGACCAUUGAGGCUUACCGCGCGGCAAUGCAGACGCAGUGGAGCUGGAUCCUGCAGCUCUGCCAGUGCGUGGAGCAGCACUUAAAGGACAACGGCGCCUACUUCGAGUUUUUCAACGAUGCCAAAGAAGUGACUGACUACUUGCGGAACCUAAAAGAUGCCAUCCAGCGGAAGUACAGCUGUGACAGGUCGAGCAGCGUCCACAAGCUGGAGGACCUCGUUCAGGAGUCCAUGGAGGAGAAAGAAGAGCUUUUGCAGUAUAAAAGCACCAUAGCCAGCCUGAUGGGAAGAGCCAAAGCGAUAAUCCAACUAAAGCCAAGGAGUCCUGACUGUCCACUCAAAACUUCUAUUCCCAUCAGAGCCAUCUGUGACUACAGACAGAUUGAGAUCACCAUUUUCAAAGACGAUGAGUGUGUCUUGGCGAACAACUCCCAUCGCGCGAAGUGGAAGGUGAUCAGCCCCACUGGCAACGAGGCCAUGGUCCCCUCCGUGUGCUUUACCAUCCCUCCGCCCAACAAGGACGCGAUCGACUUUGCAAACAGGAUUGAGCAACAGUAUCAGAACGUCCUGACCCUGUGGCAUGAGUCUCACACCAACAUGAAGAGCGUGGUGUCCUGGCGCUAUCUCGUCAGUGAAAUCGACCGCGUCCGAGCCAGCAACGUGGCCUCAAUAAAGACAAUGUUACCUGGUGAACACCAGCAAGUCCUGAGUAACCUGCAGUCGCGCUUUGAAGACUUCCUGGAAGACAGCCAGGAGUCCCAGAUAUUUUCUGGCUCAGAUAUAACACAGCUGGAAAAGGAGGUCACUGUGUGUAAGCAGUAUUAUCAGGAACUUCUGAAAUCUGCAGAAAGAGAGGAGCAAGAGGAAUCAGUGUACAAUCUAUACAUCUCGGAAGUGCGAAACAUCAGACUCCGCCUGGAGACCUGUGAGGACCGUCUCAUCAGACAGAUCCGCACCCCCCUGGAGAGGGACGACGUGCACGAGAGCGUGUUCAGAAUCGCGGAGCAGGAGAAACUGAAGAAAGAACUAGAGCGACUGAAGGACGAUCUGGCCACGAUCACAAAUAAGUGCGAAGAAUUUUUCAGCCAGGCGGCGGCCUCUUCCUCAGUUCCCACCUUGCGGUCCGAGCUCAGCGUGGUCGUUCAGAACAUGACCCAAGUUUACUCCAUGUCCUCCACCUACAUAGAGAAGUUGAAAACUGUGAAUCUGGUGUUAAAAAACAGUCAGGCUGCAGAAGCCCUUGUAAAACUGUAUGAAACAAAGCUGUGUGAAGAGGAAGCAGUUAUAGCGGACAAGAACAAUAUUGAGAAUCUAAUAAGUACUUUAAAGCAAUGGCGAUCUGAGGUUGAUGAAAAGAGAGAGGUCUUCCACGCGCUGGAGGACGAGCUGCAGAGAGCCAAGACCAUCAGCGAUGAGAUGUUCAAAACCUACAAAGAGCGUGACCUUGACUUUGACUGGCACAAGGAGAAAGCGGAUCAGCUGGUUGAGAGGUGGCAGAAUGUCCAGGUUCAGAUUGACAACCGGUUACGGGACUUAGAAGGCAUUGGCAAGUCGCUGAAGUACUACAGAGACACCUAUCACCCGUUGGAUGAUUGGAUCCAGCAGGUGGAAACGACUCAGAGAAAGAUUCAGGAAAAUCAGCCUGAGAAUAGUAAAACCCUUGCCACACAGUUGAAUCAACAGAAGAUGCUGGUGUCAGAAAUAGAAAUGAAACAGAGCAAAAUGGACGAGUGCCAGAAAUACGCAGAACAAUACUCCACUGCGGUCAAGGACUACGAAUUACAAACAAUGACCUACCGGGCCAUGGUGGAUUCACAACAGAAGUCUCCCGUGAAACGGCGAAGGAUGCAGAGCUCGGCGGAUCUCGUCAUUCAAGAGUUCAUGGACCUGAGGACCCGGUAUACCGCUCUGGUCACCCUUAUGACACAAUAUAUUAAAUUUGCUGGUGACUCGUUGAAGAGGCUGGAAGAGGAGGAGAAGUCACUGGAAGAAGAAAAGAAAGAGCAUGUUGAAAAAGCCAAAGAAUUACAGAAAUGGGUAUCAAAUAUCAGCAAGACAUUGAGAGAUGGGGAGAAGGCUGGAAAGGCUUCCCUCUUUAAGCAAAAGAUUUCCAGUGAGGAAAUCUCGAUCAAGAAGGAACAAUUAUCUGAAACCCUUCAAACCAUGCAGCUAUUUCUGGCUAAACACGGAGACAAAAUGACAGAUGAAGAAAGAAAUGAACUGGAAAAACAAGUGAAAACUCUCCAAGAAAGUUCUAAUGUAUUUAGUGAAUCUCUCAAACAACUACAGCAAUCACAAACCUUACAAGACAUAAAGGUAGAGGAGAAGCUGGAGAAAGUGAUCGCGGGCACCGUUGACCAGACCACGGGAGAGGUCCUCUCCGUCUUCCAGGCAGUUUUAAGAGGCCUCCUUGAUUAUGACACAGGAAUCCAGUUGCUGGAGACGCAGCUGAUGAUUUCUGGUCUCAUCUCACCAGAAUCAAGGAAGUGCUUUGGCCUCGAAGAUGCUGAAAGUCACGGCCUUAUUGAUGAGCAAAUUCUGAGCCGCCUCCGGGAGCUGAAUGAGACCAAGGAGAUCAUUUCCGCUGUGCCAUCGUCCUCCACGCUGCCGGUGCUCGAGGCUCUGGCUGAAGGCGUGAUAUCAGAGCCCACGGCUGUCAGAGUUCUCGACAUGCUCCUGUCCACGGGCUGCCUGGUCAGCCCAGCCACGGGAGAACAGCUGACCCUGCAGAAGGCUUUCCAGCAGCGCUUGGUUUCCUCGGCGUUGUUUUCCAAAGUCCUGGAGAGGCAGAACACAAGGCAAGAUCUCAUCGACCCCUCGACCGCUGAGAAGCUGUCUCUGGGAGCCAUGAUGCAAAGGAGUAUUUUGCAGGAAAACACCGGGGUGCGGCUGCUGCCCGUGAGGCCGCAAGAAGGAGGCAGGGUCACGUUAAAAGGUGGAAGAAGCGUGAGCAUUUUAAGGGCGGCUCACGAAGGCCUCAUCGACCGCGAGACCGUGUUUAGGUUACUGGGCGCGCAGCUGCUCUCGGGGGGUCUGAUCGGCAGCACGUCUGGCCAGCGGCUGACAGUGGAAGAGGCAGUGGCGGAGGGGCUGAUGGACAGGGACAUGGCCAACAGCAUCCUCACCUACCAGGUCGAAACCGGUGGGAUUAUCCGCUCCAGCCCCGCCAAGCGUUUGACGGUGGACGAGGCGGUCCAGUGUGAUUUAAUAACGCCCAGCAGCGCUCUCCUGGUCCUGGAGGCUCAGCGAGGCUACGUGGGCCUCAUCUGGCCUCACUCUGGAGAAAUCUUCCCCACGUCAUCUUCCUUGCAGCAGGAGCUGAUUACCAACGAACUGGCGUACAAGAUCCUGGACGGCAGGCAGAAGAUAGCUGCUCUGUAUAUUCCCGAAACUUCUCAAGUCCUCGAUUUGGAUGUUGCUACGGAACUGGGAAUUAUAGAUCACGGCACAGCAGCGAUUUUGAAAAGUAUAAUAUUGCCUGAUCAGAUGCCAGACUUGGGAGACAUGGAAGCUUGCAGAAACGCUAGACGGUGGCUCUCUUUUUGUAAAUUCCAGCCAUCCAUGGUCCAGGACUACAGGCAGGAGGAGGAUGUCUUUGAGGAAGAGGAGCCAGUGGAGACUCAGAGCUCAGAACAGACUAAAAAAUUAUUCCUGUCUUAUUUGAUGAUCAACAGUUACAUGGACGCCAACACCGGGCAGAGGCUCUUGCUGUACGAUGGAGACCUGGACGAAGCAGUCGGGAUGCUCCUGGAAGGCUGUGCUGCAGAAUUUGAUGAGGACAUGCCCGGAAAAGAACGUCCUGAUGUCUUAAGACACCCUGGUGUGUUUCUGAAUAAUGCUUCAGGUCAAGAAAUGGAUGAAGGUACAGCUUCACCAAGUAGUUUGGAGAAAUGUCCUCGCAGAGAACCCCAGCAUCAAGAAAUCCCUGAAAACAGAAAACAUGUCAUAGAUGAAGAAUUUCAUGAAAUGGGAAGCAACGCUAUCAGGAGUGAAUUUGGCCAGUCAGAAAAUCCGGCAGGUGUGAUAGCAGCCGAUCCUAAAGUUCAGAACUCCUCCAGCGUGUGUGUUCCCAGAUCAGGAUCAGCCCCCACACAGCCCCGACUGGCUGGAGUUCGUGUCCUGAGACCAGGCUCUGAAAAUAUACUUAAAAAUGGUGAAAAUCAAAGUCCCAUGGAAACACAGGAGCAUGCAUAUGAAUGUGGUCAUUCUAGAAACGUUCAAAACUUUGCAGGUGAUUUGAUAACAAGCCCUACGGUGGAGGCAAAAACUAGUAGGAUCUGUGAUUUGAAUGAAACAGAGACUGAAGAUAACAUUAGCAGGGGUCCAGCCAUCUUUGACUACUCCCCCCGCCUAAGUGCCCUGUUAAGUCACGAUAAACUGAGGACCGAGCAGAGAAGUUUACACGAUAUACACGCCACAGGGAGCAGUGGAAAUAAGUGUGAAGUCUCUUCACUGCCGUUCAAGGACCAAACCACAUUACUGGAUCCAGGAAUGGGAGACAAAUUUCAAGACGAGUUUCUGGGCAUUGCAGCAAUUAACAUCAGUUUACAGGGGGAACAUGCUGUACAGAAAUCUUUAAAUCUUGCUUCCAGUCAUCCUCGGCAGCAUCAGGAUGAUCAGUAUGGUUCGGAUACUUACGGUAAAGGUGAAAAAGUUCUCGCUGCUUCCCAGGACAAGUGGCCUGAGUCCGCGGUGGAGGAGGACCCCUGUGCCAUGACCCCGGGGGGUGGCGGUGAUCACGUCAGCCUGGCUCUCACAGGUCCAUCGGUGUUGGGAGAAUUGGCCAGCACCAGUGCUGGCGACUACGAAACAUCCCUGCUGGUCAGUCGGCAGAGCGACACAGAGACAGACAGUGACAGCGAGGAUGACUUCUAUGACACUCCUUUGUUUGAGGACGAUGACCAUGAUUCUCUGCUUCUUGAGGGCGAUGACAGGGAUGGUCUGCAGCCCGAGGACUGUGACAUCCUGGGAGAGGAAGACGAUGGGCCGGCCCCUCCUGGAGAGGUUUUUUACGAUGUCUCUAAAGGGAGUGAACAUUCCAUGGGGGCCCAGGGGGCACUAGGAUCCCUGCAGGAUUUUCUCAUAGGUGCCAAGAAAGCAGAACCAGAUUCUGGUGAAAGAAGACACUUCCAUUCAGUUGGCCUGUCCGAGAUGAAUGGACCAGCGAUGGAAACCAUCUCAGAAAGGGACAGCACAGAUAGCCUGGAGGGUGCGGAGUUGGACUCGUGGACCGACCACAGCGUUGUAGGAAGAGAAGGGAGAUUCCAAGCGGCACUAAAACCUGAGGACGCUGGCUGCUGGAGAGAAGAGGAGAGUGUAACUGGACAAGAAUUUGGAUCUGAUACCGAUCAUUUAGAAUCUGUGCAGAGUGAAGAAGGUUACGGGGACCCUCUGUGUGACAGUAAUGAUCUGGAAAACAGUGACGAUUAUGACGAUGAUGGUGGUGACACUGAAGACGAAGGAGCGGGAGGUGAGGAUAGACAGCCCGCGUGCCAGGACCAGGCUGACCACACGGAUGUCCAGGCGCGUGUCAUCGCGGCACUCGAGGAGGAAGACGGUCACGGAAGUCAACGUCGCAGUGAAAUGAUUCUCCCGGAUAAAAAGCACAAUCAGAGUUCUUUAGAAAAACAGCCAAGUGUAAAUGUUUUAUGGCUCGAAUCGAGUCGUCAGAGUAGCUCAGUUACAGAGAGAAGCAGCGUCCCAGAAUAUACGACGGAGGCUGUUUGGAAAAGCAAAGAAAAUCUGUGGAAUCAUGAGAUGGUCCUUAAGGAUACACUGCUGCCUGUUGUGAAGGCUGCUGAGUCGGAAAACACCUCUGGCCCCGUCGGUGUCCGACGUUUAGCUUCGGGGCUGGAUGGUGAUCGGAAGAACACGGGGGUUAAGUUGACUCGAGCGCCAGGCUCUGCGGAGUCUGUAAAAGGCAGCAGUCCAGAUUUUGAGAAGGUGCCACUUGUGACUGACCCAUCUUCUGAUGAAAUCGUUUGUCCUGAGCCCGGUUUCCUAGGAAACCAUGCUGAGGAAGGCCAUUUGUCACCCACAGUCUCUGUAACUGGCAGAGGUCAUCACGAAAAUGGAGGAGAUCCGAUUAGAGAGAGCGAUGACAAGACCGGUACCCUGAUGGAAGAGGAAGCCUCGAUUCGUAAAAUGGGCACGGAUAAAGGAGAAGUGCUUUUAGAAGGUCCUGUAGAAGAUGAUAAAUAUCUCCAACCUUUGCCCAGGGAAAGCACAAGAGAGAGCCUUGAUUUAGUCAGCAGUCAGUUUCUAUACCCGCAGCUCACAGAGAGCGAACAUCAGAAAGGAAGCCUCAAAAAAGCGACAGUGGCCCUUGAAGAUGAACCAAAGAAUCUGCCAACAGUAGUCAGUCAAAGUCCUGUUCAGUUUGAGAAUCUUGAAGAAAUAUUUGAGUCAGCAGCUUCCCAUGGGAUCAGCGAUGAGAUUGCUCCAGACGUCACGGUGUCUGAAGGGUCUCCAAGUAUUGAGAAAGAUUCAUUCACUGAUGGACCUGAGGAAGAGCUGGAUCUGUUUGCUUUUUUAAAACACUGUGCUCGAAAUGUAAAAGCAGAAGCUGGAUGGAAACCAAAUGAAGAUGCCCCAGGCUGUUUUCCAAUAGCUUCCCCUCCCACAAAGGAUCACUUACAGUUAGGAGUUAAGGAUGCCAAAGAGAAGGCAGCUCUCGCCCAAGAAGCCUCUCCCCUGAAUGAGAUGGUCCAAUGGAAGGAUCUUUGUACUAAAGAAAACGUCUCAGAAGGAGGAACAGGAAUUCCCGAGUUCACACCAGAAAUUGAUGAAAGCACGCCUUCAGUCUUACCUCUCGGAAGUGUGGAAGGCUUCAGGAAGCAUGCUGAUUCCGUGCCGUCAGGACUUGGCGCAAAUGGAAUAAUAAAUAGCAACUCCAGGGACACCUUAAGCACCGGCUGCUCAUCUUUAGAAAUUAACAGUGAGGAAGAAAUAAUUGCCCAGCAACCAAGAACGGAACGAGCCUCGUCUCUAGGACCCCAGGAAAACGAGGUUCCGAGUCCUGAGCUGUCUCCAGUGUUUGUUGAGGACAUGAAGGAUAUCUUACAAGAUCGACUGAGAGAUGGUCAUGGGAAUCCUCAAGAGGCUGGAGACCCUUCAGCCCAUGCAGAUACUAAAAUUUUAAUAAAUAACUUAAUGAAAAGGGUUAGCAGAGCACAGUUGAUAAACGAAGCAUCUGAUGUUCCUGGCGACUCUGAAACCAGGGACUGUUCUGUCGUGUCCCCCAUGAAUAACUCGCCAGAACUAAAAACAGGGAGCAGAGAUGAUCCCAGCUGGACCGCAGAUCUGAAGUCGGAGCUGCUGCUUGGCGUGCUUAAGCAAAAUCAGUGUGGCCAGAAAACGCCAGGAGCGUUUGAACUGAUGAAAGAAUUGACUCAGAUGGAGUGCGAACCAGAGGAAAGAGGUGUUACAUCUACAGGGCUGCCACCGCACCUUGAAAGUAUUUUCUCCACGCUGCUUGUGGAUGGAUAUUCAGAGAGAGUAGAACAGUUUGGAGACGUGAAUCAAAAAUCACCCACUGGUUCCGAGAUGGUGGAUGAGAAGCCACACAUACCUGAUGGUCUUCCAAGCAAGGGAGGAAACCAGUGCCCCCUUCAUUUACAAAAUGUGAGAGGAAGUGGGCCAGGAAACCCUCCCGUUGGUGCACCAGCACAGCCGGGAGAUAAGAGGCUGGGGGAUCCGUGCCCUGAAUCUCCAGACCAUCUGGAAUGUGUUUCAGGGUCAAAAGAAAUGGCUUCUGGAGACAGUUCGAUGGAACAAUUUGCCAGCGAGCUGCAGCAGUGUCUACAGCACACGUCAAAAAUGUCCCAGUAUUUGGCUUUGCUUCAAGAUAUGAAGCCCCCCUUGGACAACCAGGAGUCUCCGGACAGCAGCCUGGAAGCUUUGAAGAACCAACUGAAACAGUUAGAGACCUUUGAAUUGGGGUUGGCUCCAAUGGCUGUGAUUUUAAGAAAAGACAUGAAGUUGGCAGAGGACUUUUUAAAGUCUCUGCCUGGUGACUUCCCCAGGGGACCUCUGAAGGAAAUGAGUAUGAGCCUCCAGAGUUUAGAGACAGCCUUCUCCUCCCUCAGGGCCACGUCCUCAGAAAGAAUGAACCACAUCAUGCUCGCCAUCGACUCUGAAACGUCUAAACUAGCAGUUUCUCACGGGGAGUUUCUCCACAAACUGAAGUCAUUCUCCAGCUGGAUAUCAGAGAAGAGCCGGUCUGUAGAGGGUAUUGAGACCGUGAGCAUUCGGGACACUGAACAUAUAAAGAAAAGUUUGGAGUUUCUCAAGAAUGUGUUGAAAGACCUUGGACACAGCAAAACGCAGCUGGAGACCACUGCCUUUGAUGUGCAGUUUUUCAUCUCUGAACACGCACAAGACCUGUCUCCCACCCAAAGCAAACAACUGCUCAGGCUCUUAAACACAACUCAGAAGUGCUUUCUUGACGUCCGGGAAUCAGUAACUACCCAGGUGGAACAUUUAGAGACUCAGUUACAGCUCGAACAAGCUCUCGAUGACCAGAAGAUGGUGGCAGAACGCCAGCAGGAGUACAAGGAGAAGCUCCAGGGGAUAUGUGAUCUCCUCACCCAAACCGAGAACCGCCUGAUCGGCCACCAGGAGGCCUUCGUGAUCGGAGACGGCACGGCCGAGUUGAAGAAAUACCAGUCCAAGCAAGAGGAAUUACAGAAAGACAUGCAAGGAAGUGCCCAGGCGUUGGCGGAAAUAGUGAAAAACACAGAGAACUUCUUAAAAGAGAGCGGGGAAAGGCUGUCAGGAGAAGACAAGGCUCUGAUUGAGCAGAAACUGAAAGAAGCAAAGAUGAAGUGUGAACAGCUUAAUUUGAAGGCAGAACAGUCGAAAAAAGAGCUGGAGAAAGUGGUGAAGACAGCGAUCAAGGAAGAAACAGAAAAGGUUGCAGCUGUGAAACAGCUGGAAGAGAACAGAAGCAGAAUAGAGAACCUUUUGGACUGGUUGUCCAGUGUUGACAGAGACUCUGAAAGGGCAGGCAUGGAACAGAAACAGGUGAUGGAACAGAACGGGAUGCAUUUUCGAGAAGAGGAUGGCACGUCAGCGAUUGGAGAAGAGGAUGAAGUUAAUGGUAACCUGUUGGAGAUGGAGGUUGACGGGCGAGUUGGAACCACCGAGGAGAAUCUGAACCAGCAGUACCAGAAGAUGAAGGUGCGUUGUUUGAAACAGAUGACCCUGCAGACGCAGUACGACGCCGCCCUGGCGGCGGCCGAGACGCGGGUGCGCCUGAGCCGCUCGCUGUGGGAGGAGCUGGACAAGUUCGCCGGCGACGCGGGCGAGUUCGAGCUCUGGCUGCAGCAGGCGGAGCAGGAGCUGGAGAACCUGGAGGCGGGCGCCGACGACCUCGGGGGCCUGGUGGCCAAGCUGCAGAGGCAGCGGAGUUUCUCGGAGGACGUCAUCUCUCACAAAGGGGACCUGCGGUACAUCACCAUCUCCGGGAACAGAGUGCUGGAAGCCGCCAGCUCGUGCGGCGGGGCCGAGCGGGGCCACCUGGACGCCUCUGCCGCCCAAAGAGAGGUCCAGGGCAGGCUGGACCGCGCCACCGAGCGCUUCCGGGCUCUCUACACCAAGUGCAACGUCCUUGGGAAUAACCUCAAAGAUCUGGUGGACAAAUACCAACACUAUGAAGACGCUUCGUGUGGCCUUCUUUCCGGGCUCCAGGCCUGCGAGGCUGCAGCGAGCAAACACUUAUCUGAGCCCAUCGCUGUGGACCCUAAAAACCUGCAGAGGCAACUGGAAGAGACCAAGGCUCUGCAGGGACAGAUAUCAAGUCAGCAGGUUGCUGUCGAGAAACUGAAAAAAACAGCUGAAGUGCUCUUAGACGCCAGGGGCUCUCUUCUGCCGGCCAAGAGCGACAUCCAGAAGACGCUGGGUGACAUUGUUGGCAGAUACGAUGACCUGGCCAAGUCUGUUGGUGAACGAAAUGAAAAACUGCAGAUGACCCUGACGCGCUCCCUGAGUGUGCAGGACGGCCUGGACGAGAUGCUGGACUGGAUGGGGGGUGUGGAGCGCUCCCUGGGGGAGCAGGGCCAGGUGCCUCUGAACUCCACCGCUCUGCAGGACAUCAUCAGUAAAAACAUCAUGCUGGAGCAGGACAUAGCGGGUCGGCAGAGCAGCAUAAAUGCCAUGAAUGAGAAAGUGAAGACGUUCACGGAGACCGCAGACCCGUCCACUGCGUCCUCGCUCCAAGCCAGGAUGAAGGACUUGUCCCGUCGGUUCUCAGAAGCAAGUCACAAACACAAAGAAAAGCUUGCCAAAAUGGAGGAACUGAAAACCAAAGUAGAGCUGUUUGAGAACCUCUCCGAAAAGCUCCAAACGUUCUUAGAAACAAAACCCCAGGCUCUCACAGAGGCGGACGUGCCGGGGAAGGACGUAACUGAAUUGUCCCAGUAUAUGCAGGAAUCAGCUUCUGAGUUGCUGGAACGUAAGAAAGAUCUAGAAGUUUUGCAGAAUCUCUUGAAGGAGAUCUCCAGGCAUGGUUUGCCGGGCGAUAAGGCUCUGGUUUUUGAAAAAACGAAUAAUCUGUCAAAGAAAUUCAAGGAAAUGGAGGACGCUGUCAGAGAAAAAAAAGAAGCUGUGUCUUCUUGUCAAGAGCAGAUGAACACCUUUCAAGUCCUCGUUAAAUCAUUGAAGUCCUGGAUAAAGGAAACCACAGAAAGCGUUCCCAUGGUGCAGCCAUCUUUUGGGGCAGAGGAUUUAGAGAAAUCUUUGGAGGAAACGAAGAAAUUACAAGAAAAGUGGAGCUUAAAAACACCAGAGAUCCAGAAAGUCAGCCACAGUGGGACCUCACUAUGUAACCUAAUAAGUGCUGUGACUACCCCUGCAAAGGCCCUGGCCGCAGUUAAAUCAGGUGGAGUGAUAGUAAAUGGUGAAGCAACAGCCACAGAUACUCAGGAAAUUUUGGCAAAUAAAGGAUUAACAUCCAUUAAAAAGGACAUGACAGACAUAAGCCAUGGCUACGAAGAUCUUGGCCUCUUACUUAAGGACAAAAUAGCCGAGCUGAGUACCAAGCUCUCCAGACUGCAGAAGGCGCAGGAAGACUCGAGCGCGAUGAUGCAGUGGCUGCACGAGAUGAACAGAACCGCAGCAAAGUGGCACCAGGCACCCGCACCCACGGAUGCCGAAGCCGUGAAGAGUCAGGUGGAGCAGAACAAGUCAUUCGAGGCAGAACUGAAGCAAAAUGUAAACAAAGUGCAGGAGCUGAAGGACAAACUGACUGAGCUCUUGGAGGAGAACCCCGAGACCCCGGAGGCCCCCAAGUGGAAGCGGAUGUUGACAGAAAUAGAUUCCAAGUGGCAAGAGCUCAAUCAGUUAACAGUUGACAGACAACAGAAACUGCAAGAAUCCUCAAAUAAUCUAACCCAAUUCCAGACGGUAGAGGCUCAGCUUAAACAGUGGCUCGUCGAAAAAGAACUGAUGGUCAGUGUCCUUGGGCCCUUGUCCAUCGACCCCAAUAUGCUGAGCACACAAAGGCAGCAGGUGCAGAUUCUGCUGCAAGAAUUUGAUACCAGGAAACCUCAGUACGAGCAGCUGACAGCGGCUGGUCAGGGCAUCCUGUGCAGGCCCGGGGAGCACCCUUCUUUCCACGGGAUCGUGAAGGAGCAACUGGCAGCCGUGACCCAAAAGUGGGACAGCCUCACAGGACAACUGAGUGACAGAUGUGACCGGAUUGACCAGGCCAUUGUUAAAAGCACGCAGUACCAGGGCCUCCUGAGAAGCCUGUCCGACAGACUGGGCGACUUGGAUCGCAGACUGAGCAGCAGCAUGGCUGGCGGCCCCCUCCCCGACGCGAUGAACCAGCAGCUAGAAGCCGCCCGCGAGCUGAAGCAGGAGAUAGAGCAGCAAACGAAGCAGAUCCAGGUGGCCCAGGCCCUGUGCGAUGACCUGUCGGCCCUGGUUAAAGAGGAGUACUUGAAAGCAGAACUCAGUCGGCAGCUGGAAGGCAUCUUAAAGUCAUUUAAGGAUAUCGAGCAAAAAGCAGAGAACCACGUCCAGCACCUUCAGUCGGCCUGUGCCAGCUCCCAUCAGUUUCAGCAGACGUCUCAGGAUUUCCAGGCGUGGCUGGAUACCAAGAAGGAAGAGCAGAGCCAGUCUCCCCCCAUCUCCGCCCGACUCGAGGUCUUGGAGUCGUUAGUCAAAGAUCAGGAAGACUUCCGGAGAACUUUGACCGCUCAGUCCCAUAUUUACGAGAAAGCCAUGGCGGAGGGUGAAAAUCUGUUGCUGAAAACGCAAGGGUCGGAGAAGGUCGCCCUGCAGUCACAACUUAACACGAUGAAAACCAAUUGGGAUGGAUUUAAUAAGCAGGUGAAAGAGAGAGAAGACAGGGUUAAAGAGUCAUUGGAAAAAGCCAUCAAGUACAAAGAGCAUGUGCAGACGCUCCGGCCGUGGAUAGACCGAUGCCAGAGCUGCCUGGAGGAGAUACAGUUUGGCUUGGAUCCCGCAGAGAUGGAGAAGGCUCUUGCCCAGGUGGCGUCUCUGCAGAAGGAGAUGGACCAGCACUUUGGGAUGGUGGAGCAGUUACACGGCGCGGCCGGCAGCCUGCUCCGCGUCUGCGACGUGGACCAGGAGUUGAUUGCAGAGGAGGAACGGUCACUGCUCCAGAAGGUGGACGUGGUCACUGAGCAACUGCACAGUAAAAAGUCCUCCCUGGAGAACCUGGCCCAGAAGUUUAAAGAGUUUCAAGAAGUUUCCAAAGAGGCUGGAAGGCAGCUUCAGGGUGCAAAGGAGCAGCUCGCGGCCCACGACGCCCUGGGGCCUCAGGCUUACAGCAGCAAGUCCCUGACCGUAUUGCAGACCCAGCAGAAGGCGCUUCAGACCUUGAAACCGCAGGUCGAUCUGGCUAGAGGGCUCGCCCAGGACCUCGUGGCAGGGGCGUCGGACUCGAAGGGCACCUCCGACAUGUUACUCCAGGUGGAGACCUUGGCCCAGGAGCACAGUGCGCUCAGCCAGCAGGUGGGUGACAGGUGCUCGUUCUUAGAAACCAAGCUGCAGGGCAUCGGGCAUUUCCAGAACACCAUCCGGGAGAUGUUCUCUCAGUUUGCCGAGUUCGACGACGACCUCGACAGCAUGGCCCCGGUGGGGAGAGAUGCGGAAACACUGCAGAGGCAGAAGGAGGCCAUCCAGGCCUUCCUGCAGAAGCUGGAAGCGCUCAUGGCGAGCAACGCCAACGCCAACAAAGCCUGCAAGAUGCUGCUGGCCACGGAGGAGGCCUCUCCCGACCUCGUGGGAAUCAAACGGGACCUGGAGGCGCUGAGCAAACAGUGCAACAAACUGCUGGACCGCGCUCAAGCCAGACGAGAGCAGGUGGAAGGGACCAUCGUGCGUCUGGAGGAAUUCUACAGCAAGCUGGGCGAGUUCUCCUCUCUGCUCCAGAAGGCGGAAGAGCAUGAGGAGUCUCAAGGCCCCGUCGGGAUGGAAACGGAGACGAUUAACCAACAGCUUGAUGUGUUCAAGGUCUUCCAGAAAGAAGAGAUUGAACCCUUGCAGGUCAAGCAGCAGGAUGUGAACUGGCUGGGUCAAGGCCUCAUUCAGAGUGCGGCCAAGGGCGCGAGCACCCAGGCUCUGGAGCGGGACCUGGACGAUGCCAGUACGCGGUGGAAGACCCUGAAUAAGAAGGUCGCCCAGCGAGCAGCCCAGUUACAGGAGGCCCUCCUGCACUGCGGGAGGUUCCAGGAUGCACUGGAGUCCCUGCUCAGCUGGAUGGUGGACACCGAGGAGCUGGUGGCCAAUCAGAAGCCCCCGUCCGCCGAGUUCAAGGUGGUGAAGGCCCAGAUACAAGAGCAAAAGCUUCUCCAGAGGUUGCUGGAUGACCGCAAAUCCACCGUGGAGAUGAUCAAACGGGAGGGAGAAAAAAUUGCCGACACAGCAGAACCCGCGGAUAAAGUGAAGAUCCUGAAACAACUGAAUCUGCUGGACAGCAGAUGGGAGGCGCUGCUCAGUAAGGCCGAAACAAGGAAUCGUCAGUUGGAAGGUAUCUCAGUGGUAGCCCAGCAAUUUCAUGAAACCUUAGAACCGCUCAACGAGUGGCUGACGACCGUGGAGAAGAAGCUGGCAAAUUGCGAGCCCAUCGGAACCCAGGCAUCCAAGCUGGAGGAACAGAUCACGCAGCACAAAGCCUUAGAAGAUGACAUCCUCAGUCACAGUAAACAUUUACACCAGGCCGUUAGCAUCGGCCAGUCCUUAAAGGUUUUGAGCUCCAGGGAGGAUAAAGAUUCGGUGCAGCAGAAAUUAGACUCGUGUCAAGUGUGGUACAUUGAGAUGCAGGAGAAGAGCCGCUGCAGGUCUGAGCUGCUCCAGCAGGCCCUGUGCAAUGCUAAGAUUUUUGGGGAAGACGAAGUGGAGCUGAUGAAUUGGCUGCACGAAGCACACGACAAGCUGAGCAGGCUCUCGGUCCAGGACUACGGCCCCGUGGGGCUGGGCACGCAACAGGCCGAGCUUCGGGUUCUGCAAGAGGACAUCCUACUCAGAAAACAAAACGUAGAUCAGGCGUUACUGAAUGGUCUAGAACUACUUAAACAGACAACAGGUGAUGAAGUUUUAAUCAUUCAAGACAAGUUGGAGGCCAUUAAAGCCAGGUACAGAGACAUCACCCGACUGAGCACGGAGGUGGCCGGGACCCUGGAGCAGGCCCUGCAGCUGGCGCGGCGGCUGCACACCACACACGAGGAGGUGUGCGCCUGGCUGGACAAGGUGGAGGUGGAGUUGCUGUCCUACGAGACGCAGGAUCUGACGGGAGACGCUGCCAGCCAGGCACACGCCAGGCAGAAAGAGCUGAAGAAGGAAGCCAAGAACAGCAAAGCCCUGCUGGACUCGCUUAACGAAGUGAGCAGCGCCCUGCUGGAGCUGGUGCCCUGGAGGGCGCGGGAGGGGCUGGAGAAGAUGGUGGCCGAGGACAACGAGCGCUACCGCCUGGUGAGCGACACCAUCACGCAGAAGGUGGAGGAGAUGGACGCGGCCAUCCUGAGAUCCCAGCAGUUUGACCAGGCGGCCGAUGCGGAGUUAUCCUGGAUUACUGAAACGGAGAAGAAACUGACUUCCCUGGGCGACAUCAGGCUUGAGCAAGACCAGACCUCUGCUCAGCUGCAGGUUCAGAAGGCAUUCACCAUGGAGAUUUUGCGGCACAAGGACAUUAUCGAUGAGCUUGUCGAGUCUGGACACCAAAUUAUGAGCACGUGCAGCGAAGAGGAAAAACAGUCGAUGAAGAAAAAACUGGACAAGAUAUUGAAGAACUACGAUGCCAUCUGCCAGGUAAACUCGGAGAGGUACCUGCAGUUAGAACGGGCACAGUCCCUGGUGAGUCAGUUCUGGGAAACAUAUGAAGAGCUUUGGCCGUGGCUGAUGGACACGCAGAGCAUCAUCGCCCAGCUUCCCGCCCCCGCCCUCGAGUACGAAACCCUGCGGCAGCAGCAGGAGGAACACCGGCAACUGCGAGAGCUGAUCGCAGAACACAAGCCUCACAUCGACAAGAUGAACAAGACCGGGCCGCAGUUGCUGGAACUGAGCCCGAGGGAGGGCUUUUCCAUCCGAGAGAAGUACGUGGCGGCUGACAGCCUCUACAGUCAGAUCAAGGAGGACGUCAAGAAGCGGGCAGUGGCGCUGGAUGAAGCCAUGGCCCAAUCCACACAGUUCCACGACAAGAUCGACCAGACCCUGGAGAGCCUGGAGCGCAUCGCGGAGCGCCUGAGGCAGCCCCCGUCCAUCUCGGCGGAGGUGGAGAAGAUCCGGGAGCAGAUCAGUGAGAACAAGAACGUGUUGGUGGUGGACAUGGAGAAGCUGCAGCCCCUGUACGAGACGCUCAGGCAGAGGGGAGAGGAGAUGAUCGCGCGGUCCCAGGGCACGGACAAGGACACAUCUGCCAAAGCUGUUCAGGACAAGCUUGACCAAAUGGUUCUCAUCUGGGAGAACAUACACACGCUGGUGGAAGAAAGAGAAGCCAAACUCUUGGAUGUGAUGGAAUUAGCAGAGAAGUUCUGGUGUGAUCACAUGUCCCUGGUGGUUACCACCAAAGAUACCCAGGAUUUCAUCCGGGACCUGGAAGACCCUGGAAUCGAUCCCUCAGUAGUGAAGCAGCAGCAGGAAGCAGCAGAGGUCAUAAGAGAGGAGAUUGAUGGACUGCAGGAAGAGCUGGACAUGGUCGUUAACCUGGGUUCUGAACUCAUCGCCGCGUGUGGGGAGCCCGACAAACCCAUCGUCAAGAAGAGCAUAGAUGAGUUAAAUUCAGCGUGGGAUUCUCUAAAUAAAGCUUGGAAAGACCGGGUGGACAGACUGGAGGAGGCGAUGCAGGCUGCCGUUCAGUACCAGGAUGGACUGCAGGCAAUAUUCGACUGGGUAGAUAUUGCAGGUGGUAAACUGGCUUCCAUGUCUCCCAUCGGGACGGACCUUGAAACUGUCAAGCAGCAGAUCGAAGAGCUCAAGCAAUUUAAGUCAGAGGCUUACCAACAACAGAUAGAGAUGGAGAGGCUGAACCAUCAGGCCGAGCUUCUGCUGAAGAAAGUAACGGAGGAGAGUGACAAGCACACUGUUCAGGACCCACUGAUGGAGCUGAAGUUGAUAUGGGACAGUCUGGGCGAGAGGAUCAUCAACAGACAGCACAAGCUGGAGGGCGCUCUGCUAGCACUGGGGCAAUUCCAGCACGCUCUGGACGAGCUGCUGGCCUGGCUGACGCACACCGAGGGCCUGCUCAGCGAACAGAAGCCCGUCGGGGGAGACCCCAAGGCCAUCGAGAUUGAGCUCGCCAAGCAUCACGUGCUCCAAAAUGACGUAUUGGCCCAUCAGUCCACAGUGGAAGCCGUUAAUAAAGCAGGAAAUGACUUAAUUGAAUCAAGUGCAGGGGAAGAAGCGAGCAACCUUCAGAACAAGCUGGAGGUUCUAAAUCAGCGCUGGCAAAAUGUUUUGGAAAAGACAGAACAGAGGAAGCAGCAGCUGGAUGGUGCCUUGCGCCAGGCCAAAGGGUUCCACGGCGAGAUCGAGGACUUGCAGCAGUGGCUGACGGACACGGAGAGGCAUCUCUUAGCCUCCAAGCCUCUGGGAGGUUUACCGGAAACAGCCAGGGAGCAGCUUAAUGCCCACAUGGAAAUCUGUGCUGCCUUUCACGUGAAGGAAGAAACAUACAAGAACCUGAUGCAGAAAGGCCAGCAGAUGCUUGCAAGAUGCCCCAAAUCUGCCGAGACAAAUAUUGACCAGGACAUCAAUAACCUGAGAGAAAAAUGGGAAUCGGUAGAAGCCAAACUCAACGAAAGGAAAAUUAAACUGGAAGAGGCCCUGACCUUGGCCAUGGAGUUCCACAAUUCUCUCCAGGACUUUAUCAACUGGCUCACCCAGGCGGAGCAGACCCUCAAUGUGGCUUCUCGGCCAAGUCUUAUCUUGGACACAGUCUUGUUUCAGAUCGACGAACACAAGGUCUUUGCCAAUGAAGUAAACUCUCACCGUGAGCAGAUAAUAGAGCUGGACAAAACUGGAACCCACCUGAAAUACUUCAGUCAGAAACAAGAUGUCGUCCUCAUUAAGAACCUACUCAUCAGCGUCCAGAGUCGAUGGGAGAAAGUGGUCCAGCGCUUAGUGGAGAGAGGAAGGUCUCUGGACGAGGCACGGAAGAGGGCCUUACAGUUCCACGAAGCGUGGAGUAAGCUGAUGGAGUGGCUGGAGGAGUCGGAAAAGUCUUUGGAUUCUGAACUGGAAAUCGCCAACGACCCGGACAAAAUCAAAACCCAACUCGCACAGCAUAAGGAGUUCCAGAAAGCCCUGGGAGCCAAGCACUCCGUCUACGACACCACCAACAGGACCGGGCGUUCUCUGAAGGAGAAGACCUCCCUAGCCGACGACAACCUGAAGCUGGACGACAUGCUGAGUGAGCUCAGGGACAAGUGGGACACGGUCUGCGGGAAGUCGGUGGAAAGACAAAACAAACUGGAGGAGGCCCUCUUAUUUUCUGGACAAUUCACAGACGCCCUGCAGGCCCUCAUUGACUGGCUGUACAGGGUUGAACCCCAGCUGGCCGAGGACCAGCCUGUCCACGGGGACAUCGACUUAGUCAUGAACCUCAUCGACAAUCACAAGGCCUUCCAGAAGGAGCUGGGGAAGCGGACGAGCAGCGUGCAGGCGCUGAAGCGCUCGGCUCGGGAGCUCAUGGAGGGCAGCCGGGACGACUCCUCCUGGGUCCGGGUCCAGAUGCAGGAGCUGAGCACGCGCUGGGAGAGUGUGUGUGCUCUCUCCGUAUCCAAGCAGACUCGGCUAGAAGCAGCUCUGCGCCAGGCAGAGGAAUUUCACUCAGUGGUACACGCCCUGCUGGAGUGGCUGGCGGAAGCAGAGCAGACCCUUCGUUUCCACGGCGCGCUCCCCGAUGAUGAGGAUGCUCUGCGCACGCUCAUCGAUCAGCAUAAAGAAUUCAUGAAGAGGCUGGAGGAGAAGCGAGCUGCCCUCAAUAAAGCCACCAGCAUGGGGGACGCUCUCCUGGCCCUCUGCCACCCGGACUCCAUCACCACCAUCAAGCACUGGAUGACCAUCAUCCGGGCCAGGUUCGAGGAGGUGCUGGCCUGGGCGAAGCAGCACCAGCAGAGGUUGGCCAGCGCGCUGGCCGGGCUCAUCGCCAAACAGGAGCUGCUGGAAGCCCUGCUGGCCUGGCUGCAGUGGGCGGAGACGACCCUGAGUGAGAAGGACAAGGAGCCCAUCCCGCAGGAGAUGGAGGAGGUGAAGGCCCUCAUCGCCGAGCACCAGGCCUUCAUGGAGGAAAUGACCAGGAAACAGCCUGACGUGGAUAAAGUCACCAAGACCUACAAGAGGCGGGCGGCAGACCCUUCUGCCUUGCAGUCCCACAUCCCCGUCCUGGACAAGGGGCGAGCAGGAAGAAAACGCUUCCCAGCUUCCAGCCUGUAUCCCUCUGGGUCCCAGACGCAGAUCGAAACCAAGAACCCCCGGGUCAACCUCCUGGUGAGCAAGUGGCAGCAAGUCUGGCUGCUGGCCCUGGAGAGGCGGAGGAAGCUUAAUGACGCCCUGGACAGACUGGAGGAGCUGAGGGAAUUUGCAAACUUUGACUUUGAUAUCUGGCGCAAAAAGUACAUGCGAUGGAUGAAUCACAAGAAGUCCCGAGUGAUGGACUUUUUCAGGAGGAUCGACAAAGAUCAGGAUGGGAAAAUAACUCGACAAGAAUUUAUUGACGGAAUUCUUUCCUCAAAGUUCCCGACCAGCCGUCUGGAGAUGAGCGCGGUCGCAGACAUCUUUGACCGCGACGGCGAUGGGUACAUCGACUACUAUGAGUUUGUAGCCGCCCUUCACCCGAAUAAGGAUGCCUACAAACCCAUCACGGAUGCUGACAAAAUUGAAGACGAGGUGACGAGGCAGGUGGCUAAGUGCAAGUGUGCGAAACGAUUCCAGGUGGAACAGAUCGGAGACAACAAAUACAGGUUCUUCCUGGGAAAUCAGUUCGGAGACUCCCAGCAACUGCGACUUGUCCGAAUCCUGCGAAGUACCGUGAUGGUUCGGGUCGGAGGUGGAUGGAUGGCCCUGGAUGAGUUCUUAGUGAAAAACGAUCCUUGCAGGGCCAAAGGCAGGACCAACGUGGAGCUGCGAGAGAAGUUCAUCCUGGCGGAUGGAACCACUCAGGGCAUGGCGGCCUUCCGACCCCGCGGCCGGAGAUCGCGGCCCUCGUCGCGGGGAGCCUCGCCCAGCCGGUCGACGUCGGUGUCCGGCCAGGCGGCCUCCCCGCGCCCUGCCACCAGCACACCCAAGAUUCUCCAUCCUUUAACACGCAAUUACGGUAAACCGUGGUUGACCAACAGCAAAGGGUCACCUCCCUGUAAGCCAGCCGAGUGCUCAGACUUUACCGUGUCAUCUGCAGAGGGAACACCCAUCCAAGGAAGCAAGCUUCGACUUCCGGGAUAUUUAUCAGGGAAGGGUUUCCACUCCGGGGAGGACAGCGGCCUGAUCACCACGGCAGCCGCCCGAGUGCGGACCCAGUUUGCUGAUCCCAAGAGGACCCCCAGCCGCCCAGGAAGCAAAGCCGGCAGCCGGGCUGGCAGUCGGGCCGGCAGCCGGACCAGCAGCCGCCGAGGCAGUGACGCAUCAGACUUUGACAUUUCGGAAAUCCAGUCCGUGUGCUCGGACGUGGAGGCCACCCCGCCGACACACAGGCCCACACCCCGGGCAAGCGCCCGGCCGUCCACGGGCAAGCCUUCCAGAAUCCCCACGCCCCAGAGGAAGCCAGCUGCCGGCAAACUGGACAAGUCCUCCAAGAGAUAGUGCAGUUGCUUCCACCGCGGCCCCUUCCUUGAGCGUUUAAUAUUUAAAAGUGUGAAAGAUGUACAAUAUGCUGUAGAAAUUAUUGUGAAAUAUUGCCAAGAGGUGAGUUUAAAAUUCUGCGGAUGGCCUUAUUUGUGUAUUGGUCUUUUUAUUUUAUCUGUAUAAUUUUUGGUCCGAUGUUCUGGGGAGAAAGCCGCAUCCCGGGCGAGGGGGGAGCACGUUCACGACACGCACUGUCAUUUCUGCACUGGAACGUGUGGCGCACACGCUAGGAUCAGUCACCGCACCUGCAGGUAAGUCCACCUCCUCUCCGACAGCACUCCAGCCGAGUGCCUGACGUUAAGGAUACCUCAUGACACGUUCUUGCUUUUCUGGAAACUGAAAAGCCCAAAGACACCCACAGGGAUACAUGUAUAUGUAUAUAUAUUCCGAGAUGACUUACUUAAGUGUAAACUGAAAGAUGGGAGGUGGGGGGCAAAAAGACAAACACACCCACCACAGUUCUUACCGUCCUAUCUGACAGACACAGAACUCACAGAAGUUCCUUUAAGCACCUGCGAACGCCAGGCGAUUCCAAGACUUUUGCCACGUUUCUGUGCCGUUGCUUGACACGAGGCCAGAGACGUCCCGGACAUUAGACCUGUUACCCUGUAAGAAUAUCGUGAUAAAGUGCACUCAUAUAAAUGUGAGGUUUUCUUUUGCUUGAGUGGACAGUAGCACCCGUAUCAUUGAACUCAUUUUUGUAUCGGAGCAAUUUUGCUUGCAGAAAGCUAUGAAAUAAAACAUGUCCCCUAACUACAUUGCGAUCGAAUUAAUCCCCCCCACCCCAUCCCUGCCCCAGGGAAAAAAUCAGUGUAUUUUUUUAUGAGCAAUAUCAAUUUGGAGUGACCAAAAGAGACUUAAAAAUGGGUUUAUUUUGAUUUCUCAUCUGAAAUAAUCAUGUUCUGGUAUUAUAUCUAUAUUUAAUAAAUAUAUACAUUUUAAUUUAUUAUGUAUACUCACAUACUAUAGAAAGAUACUAGUAUGCAUUUAAUAAAACAUAUUCACUGGAACAUGUGCAAUACCUGAUUAUUUAAAGUGAACUUUCUGUUUGUUGGUUCUAAGUAAAGGUUAUAUGUACAGUAUCUUUUAAGUAACUGACAGGCUAAGUUUGGGGGACAUGAAACAGGGAUAUAAUAUAUAACAUAAAAAUAA